AUGGAGCCCGUCGCCGCAGGGCCUACCACCUCGGGUUCGCGGGAUACCUCAGGCGCGAUCCAUCCAUCCCAAGCAGACGAGUCCAGCGCCCCCCGCAUCGCACACACCCUGACAGCUUGCAUACGCUGUAAACAGAGAAAAUCUCGCUGUGACCCAGGCAUUCCCCGGUGCGAGCCAUGCAAGAGGAGCAAUUCGAAAUGCGAAUACUACGACCACACCAAGGAAACUACCAUAUCGCGGACAUAUAUCUUAGAAUUACGGGAGAAAAUCAGACAGCUCGGCCAUGAACUCGAAGAGCUGGAGGACGAGGCCGACCGUGCGCCUGACGCUGAGGCUAUGGCGCGCGGAGCCGGCUUGAUCAAAUUCAAAGAGACCGAUGAAUCCAGGUUCCUAGGCCCGUCGAGUGGCAUUGCUAUUACUCGGUUCGUCAUGGACAUGGCAAAGCAGAACACAGGUUCAAAGUCCAUAAAGGAAGUCGUAAACGAUAAUACCGCACAGCAGAUCAAAUCAGUCUUUGAUAUCGAGAGCCAAAAGCCUACAUCAAAGGUUUUCCCAAUGAUCAGUUCUGUGGCGGAGCCAAAUCUACCGCCUCGAGAACUUACGAAUAAGCUCGUCGAUAUUUUCAUGGCAAAGGGUAUGCAUGUCCGCUAUGUCGAUAUAUAUAUAUAUAUAUAUAUAAUAUACCUUUACAUAUCCACUAACGCGUUUACCACAGCCCAGUACAUGGUCCCUAUACUGCACGAGCCAACAUUUCGUUCCGACGUCGACGUCAUCCUGAACGGAUCGCAAGAUCCCUGCCAAAACUUCCAGCUGCGCCUUGUCAUAGCGAUUAGUAUGCAAAGAGUCAGUGCACAGUAUGCCGGGUUGGCUGAUAGCUACUACCUGGCCGCACUGCCUUAUUUCGAUGGAUGUCUGGCCAAGAUGGACAUUUCUACAUUACAGUGCUGUGCUCUCAUGGCCUUAUACUCCCUCCUCACGCCGACCAGAACCGCCGCCUACUGGGUAGUUGGGGUGGCCGCUAAAAUAUGUCAAGACCUUGGUAUAUCUGACGAGGAAACUAUCACGAAGGGAGAAAACGGACAGACACUUAGUUUUCUUGAGAUAGAUAUGCGAAGAAGGUUGUUCUGGAUCAUAACUUCUAUGGAAUACGGACUCGCCCAUAGCCUUGGCCGCCCAAACUCCUUUUGCGUGAGCCAUGACCAUGUCAAUGUGAACUUUUUCCAGACAUGCGAUGACCGCUAUAUAACCCCAGGCGGCGUAUUACCUGGAGCACAACCAAUAAUGAAAAAGUGCAUUGCCAUUCAUUUCUUUAAGAUGAGGCUUCUACAGGCUGAAAUUCGGCGGAAGCUGUACCUUUGCAAACGGCCGACUCCACUAGACGAUCGAGAUCCAUGGUUUGCGCAGAUGCUAAACAAAAUGGACAGGUGGGUUGAAUUAUGCCCAAAGAACGAUGAAGGCAGCGGGUUCAGCCAGCUAUGGUUCCAAGGCAGGCGUAAUACAAUGAUUGUGUUCAUGUAUCGUCCAUCUCCACAAAUUCCAGAACCCUCACUUCACGCAGCUCAAAGAUGCUACGACGCUUCCGUGUUUAACGUGAAGAUACAGCGUGAGCAAGUUGCCACCGGAUCGGUGGACCUUACGUGGAUAUUUACGCAGUCUGUAUUCAUGGCAUUGAAUACGAUCCUAUGGUCACUUUCCUAUCCUGAAAUCCGAAAAGAGCAUCCGGUUGAGGACGUAAUAGCGGAGAUCCGCCUCGCUAUGGAGAUCCUUGCCAUCAGCUCAGAACGAUGGCCAGGAGUCGAAUCCGCCCUAGAGCUCUACAAGAGCCUCAUUUCUGGCUGCCUUAAAGCAUAUUCAACCGACGAGUCCUACGUUGUUCAUUCACCUCCUUCAAACCGACCCUCUCCAGACCCUGGAUCCGAAUAUGCUACACCACCUCCCAUGUCUCAUUCACCGAACACCGCCACGGUUCCCUCCCCCAUGUCGCAGCCAAGGUCUACACCCAAUCAACUUAGCUCAAGUCCUUACGAUACAACACACUCUCACGCCUCCUUCGAGACUGUACGACUCCACCCUGGACAGCCCAAGUUCGAGUCUACAACCCCUUCCCCCCAUACAACAAUGUCGACAUUAUCCUACGACCUCACCCCGUCACAGCAAAGCAAUUAUACAAACGGGAACGGAACUAGCAUUGAUCCCAACUCAAGAAGUCCGGCCCAACCAUUCUCAUCCCCAGAAGUCAACCAUCUUGCGCAGUGCGAUAUUAGCCCGGAAUCAAGGAAUCAUUUCGAUCCGAGCUCAUUCCAUAAUAACUUCCCUUCGGUUUUGCCCGGGCUGCAUCACUGGGACCCGAAUUAUACCACUGCCUCUACAACAGCAAGCUAUCUUACAUUCCCUAGCGCUGCCAUCGAGCCCAUGUCCUGGAUAGGGACUAUCGGUGAUCAAUAUUCCCAAUUCUACAACCAGCCAUACCAGUCGUCAUUAUUCAGAGAUCGGAGGUUGAGCUACCAGGAACACGAAGAGCUGAUGAAUACGCUUGGACACGAUUUACCAGAUGUUUCACAGCUUGUUGAAGAAUCAGCCACGUUUUACAGUAGUAGCAUGAUACCUUAG